GAGAGCACCGACCAAUGUCCCGAAGGUUGAUACCUUCCACUUUAAGGGAGAACGGGUGUCCGACUGGCUGGACCUGAUGGAGCAAGCACUGGUGGGGCUGUCGGACGAGGUCAAGCUCCAGCGAGUUCUAAGAUAUGUCCUUCAUAGCCACCAUCAGGAAGUGGGCAAGGUCGUGGAUGCCGCCAAUGGUAGUUGGGCGAGGUUCAGGGACAUAAUGCAGAGAAAGUACAGGUUGGGGGAUGGCUUGUUAACCAUGGCGGAUUUGGAGGUCAUGAACAAGGAUGACUUCUCCACGAUUGGGGCGUUUGUGCAUGAGUUUAAAAGGAAGGUGUGGAAGGUGCACGGGAUCUCCGAACAAACGCAGUGUGCCAUAUUUUUUGGUCUGCUUAUUGGCUCGGAGGGCUCAGAGCUGACGGGUCACAGAGGGGGAAAUGAGAAACUCACCUGGGCCACUAUCGACAAAGGGGUGGAAGAGGGGAGCCUAGACCAGGUGGAGCAGCACCAGGUGCGGCUGCAAAGCCGCAAGAGAAAGGAAAGGGACGCCACCGCGUCCGGGACCCCGGGGGUGAAGAGGAUCGUCACGGACGUAUUGACAGCGUUGGGGUAUGAUAAUGAGGCGGAAAUCCAAAAGAGGGGAGUGAUCGUGGCCCAACGCCGGGCGUCGGGGGCAGUGGAAGAGGAGGCUAGGCGUGAGGACUAUGGCGGAGAAGAGACGGGCUCCCAGAUCCUAACCAAGGCCCAGAGGAAGCAGCGGAAUUUACAAGUAGGGGGUCAAGGAUCGGGAAAAGGGCAGGUCCCGCAAGCGGUUGCUGCGCCGCCACCUACUGCCACGACAACAUCAGCGACGGUCGGGCCGUCAUGUGGUCGGGGCAACCAGGAAGGGGGCCAAGGGUAUGGGAGGCCCCGCUUUGAUUGGCGAAAUGCCACCUGUUGGCAUUGUGGCGACGUAGUCCACACUGUGCGGUUCUGCGAGCGGCGGCGAGAGGAUGAAUUGUCAGGGUUAAUCUCCUCCUGUAUGGACGGGGAUAUAUAUGACAAGUGGGGUGAGCAUAUCGACCCCAGGACCCCGGGAGGAAUCAGGCAAGAGGCUCUCCAGCGGGCAGCAACGGGACCCACAGCACCCUCGGCGAUGUUUAGGAUGUGGCAAGAGAAGGAAGAGCCGACCGUAAGGGUCGAGGAGAUUGUGGGGGAUAACGAGGUCAACCAGCGGCUAAAGGCAGGGGCUAUACGGGAGGAGCCAAUAGUCGUCGAAUCGGAUGAUGAGGGGCAGGAAGGCGAAGGAGAGCCGACCACACUCCUCCUGGGAAGGAUGGAAGAUCUGCUGGAAAAGGUUGGGAGAUACCAGCGGAAGCUGCAAGCCCUCCAAGAGCCCAGUCAGGCACCCCCUCGAAAGGAGCCUGAGCUAGAACGUAGGAAAGAGGUGGUGGAGGUCCCGGAGGAAGAGGAUAACGAUGAAGAGGAUGAGAGGCUCCGACAAGAGGAGGAUCAGCGGGCGGAGUUGAGGGCCAAAAAGAGAGGAGCCCGGGAGGAGGCCGAGUUGAGCCUACCCGACAGCGUACCUAAGAGGAAGAAGUACGCGGUUUGGAUGGAGGAAGGUUUUGAUGUGGAGCGGAUGGUGGACAAACUCCUGGAAGGCCACAAUGACCUGAUGAACGUGAAGGACAUCCUGGCGUCGGCACCAAGGCUCCGUGGUGAGUUGAAAGGGCGACUCUCGCGAAGGUUGGUGCCAAAUGUUCAUCUGAGUACGGUCCUGCCCAGGGAGGUGAAGUGGACUGAGGCAGGGAUAAGGAUGGACUGGAAAUGUGUGGCGUGCGGGCAGGUGGAUUUGGUGAUAAAGAACCAGAAGUGCACUGGGAUGGUGGACACGGGCGCAGAAAUGAAUAUCAUCAAGGAGAAGGAGGCGGUGAUGAUAGGCAUGGAGAUCGACCGCUCGGACCAUGACAUGCUGCAUGGCGCCAACUGCAAGGCCGCUUUUUGCGGCACGGCGUCUAAUGUGAUUAUAGAGAUUGGGAAGGUGCGAGCCAGGACGUGCUUUUUCGCCAUGCCCGAUGUCGAUCAUCCCAUCCUUCUGGGAAGGUCGUUCCUGUGUCGAACGGAGAUGUUGAUUUUUAAUAAGCACGACGGGACAAUGAUCCUACUCCUAUGCGACCCAGCGUGCGGGAACUACAAAGUUGUCACGUGCCGAAACACGGGGCCGGGGAACGGGAGGAAUAGGCUUAAUCUCGGCUCAUUCACCUUCGAGGAAUCGGAGAACGAGCGAAGACGGCUUUGGGAAGUGCCCGAGGAGGAGGAUAAGGCUGAGGUGCUGACACUGAGCCUCACCGAUGUGAAUAAGGCCAUGGAGGUGGUAUCGGCUCACGACAUGGCGGAUCUGGAGGCCAUUAAGGCAUUGAGGGAACAGGUUUUGGAGAACCCUCAGCAGGGUUCCCAAAGGCGGUACAAGACCAUAGAUAAGAAGUGCCGCCCAGUUCCCGUGCUCGUCAAAGAGGAUGAGGAAGCCUACUACGAGCGGGAGCGAGGGUUGAUACGGCGUAUGCGGGAGCACGCGUUGGCCGGGCCGGGCCGUAUCAACGACGAAAAUGAGGGGAAGCUGAUAAUUGGGAAGUCCGACUUUCUGUCGUCCCAGGAGAGAGCGUUGAUAAUGGGGCUGAUGAAGAAAAGGCACCGCGCGUAUGCAUUCGACGACGACGAGAGUGGGAGGCUGGAUGUGGACAGGAUCCCGAUGAUCAGGAUCCACACGGUCCCACAUGAGCCAUGGAAUCUAAGGGGCACACGGUACCCCAAUCCGGACGAGGAAAAGAUGGUGGUGGACUACUUGGACGGCAAGAUGCAGACGCACGUGGCCGAUUAUUCCAGUGGGUCGUACGCGUCGCCUUGGUUUUGUUUUAUUAAAUCAAAUGGGACGCUAAGGUGGGUGCAGGACUUGCAACGGCUAAAUGCGGUGACAGUGCGGGACGCUGGAGGAUUGUCGAACACGGACGCAUUGUCGGAAUCGUGCGCAGGGAGGCCUAUAAUCUCGCUUAUAGACCUCUACUCGGGGUAUGACCAAUUCCCCGUAUACCCGCCAGACAGGCCCGUAACGACAAUGCACACUCCCAGAGGGCUGAUUCAUAUGAACGUGGCGCCUCAAGGUUGGACGAAUGCAGUGGCGAUGGUGCAAAGGCAUAUGAUCAGAGCCAUGCAGACGGUCAACCCACAUAUCACUCAGCCCUAUAUCGAUGACCUGGCGGUCAAAGGUCCGAAGGAGAAGGAGGAAGACGAAGUGAUGCCCGGUGUGCGGCGCUUUGUCUGGAAGCAUGUCCAAGACAUCGAUCAGGUUCUGGGGUUAUUGGAGGAACAUAACCUGACAGCGAGCGGCCCCAAGUCGAAACAUUAUGUGAGGAGCUUUCUUGGAAUGUGCGGAUUUUGGAGGAGCUUCGUGAAGGACUUUGCCACGAAGACGGAGCACUUAAGGAAGUUGGUGCGCCAGGAUCAAGAAUGGUUCUGGGGCGAAGACCAGGAAGAGGCGGUCGGUAGGAUGAAGGGAGAGUUUAAGGAAGGAAGCUUGGUAUUGGGAGCGCCAAACUAUGAGGCCACGGAGGAAAGACCAUUCGUCAUUGAGACGGACGCUGGGCCAACUGCCUUGGGGGGAGUCCUGAUUCAGGCAGAUACUGAGGGGAAGGAGAGGCCGCUAAGAUUCGAAAUUCGCACCCUCAAUACAACUGAGAGGAACUACUCUCAGUUCAAGAAGGAGACGCUGGUGGGGUACGAGCAGAAGGAAGAGUUAGCCCUCAAGCCCUUUCAGGAGGAGGAUCCGUGGGGAAGUACGGAUGUUGGUUGGAUGAUGAAGUUGGCGUUGGCAGGUACGGACAGUCUGGUGGAGGAAGUGAGGACAAUAGAGGAAGGCCCCACUCAGGUAGAGGAGCAUGAGCAGCUAAUGGGAGGGAUGUACCUGCUCACCAAUACGCUCCUGCAGGGAGACUUCGACCGGAAGGACUCGUUCAGUCACGAAGAGAAUGAGAUUCUAGUUCCUGAAAGUCGAGACGACGAAUUCGAGGAAGGAGAAAUCAAGGAGGCAUUUCGGGCGGAGGAGUAUGAUGGGAUCUACCGGGAAUUGGGGUUGCUCCUAUCAUGUGAGAUGAGGGAUAGAGAUGGAAGUGCCAAAGCACAGAAGAUGAGGCACCUCUACGUGGUAAGAGAUGGCCAUCUGUUCAUAAAGCGGCAGGUCGGGAACCUUAAGAGGAUUGUAUGCGGGAGGAACCGGCAGAUUGAUAUCAUAGCGGCCCUACAUGAUGGUAUAGCAGGGGGGCACAGGGGGAUAGGUGCCACAUGCGCUAAGAUAAGCGAGCUGUACCACUGGGAUGGGAUGUUGACUAUGGUUUUCAAGCACUGCCAGUCCUGUGUACCCUGUCAGGAGAGGUCGGCGCAAAGGCCUGGAGAGCCCCUACACCCAAGAUUGGAGAAGGAAGUGGGUGCGGUCGUACACCUAGACCUGUUAUUCAUGCCAGCAGGGAAGAAUGGGUGUAACUACAUCUUCCAUGCACGGGAUAACCUUACUGGGUUUGUGGACGGACGAGCUAUCCGGACGAAGACUGGCUCGGUUUUGGCGAACUGCAUCGAGGAGUAUUACCUGCGAUACCCUUUUGUCAGGGAGUUCGUGAUGGAUCGAGGAUCAAAGUUUACCUGCAAUGAGGUGAGGACGUUGCUUGCAGGGUAUGGCGUAGUGGCCAACUAUACUAUGGCCGCGCACCCUCAAGCGAACGCUCCUGUGGAGAGGGGCCACAGUACCAUCACGAAUCUCCUGGCUAAGUGGACAGAGGGCAAACCUGGUCAAUGGCCGAAGUUCCUACGGGCAGCUCUCUUCGUGGAGAAUGUUACUGUAAAGAGGACUACCAAGUACGCGUCAGCCACGCUAUGGUCUGACUUUUCGGAGACAGCCAUGCAGAGGGGCGGGAGGGGCGCGCGGCCACGACAGAGGCCUCAGGGAGCAUCAGGAGGGGAUGACUCGCGCAGACCGGUUGGGAUGGAGUCUACGCCUAUCUUCGACGACGGUAACAUAGAGCUUUUUCUGGACUCCUACCAGGCACAUGCGACACGGGAGGGCUGGUCUACCUUGGAAAGGAUACGGCACCUGAGGGGAGUUGGGCGCUUUGAGGAGCCUAUUGCGCACAUUCGAGAGGAGGCGUUGACAUGGCAGGAUGUGGAGGCGAGGAUGCAGAUGCUGAGGGCUUCGCCGAUGGGACCGGAUGGAUUGCCUAUUCGAUUGGAGGAAGGCAAUGCGGAGGAGUUCAUCCCGGCCUAUGAGCAGUAUAUGCGCGACCAGGGGACUGGGCAGGAGGAGUGGAUGCAGAUGCUGCCCCUCUGGACGCGGAGGGCGGAGAGGUCGUUGGCGAGGCAGAUCCGGGACAGGGCACACGACUGGGAGGACUGCCAGGCCUAGUUGAGACGGGCACUUCGACGA